AUGAAUUGUUUUCAAUUUAGUCAUUCGAAUACAUUUAAAUGUCGACAUAAAGAUUACUGUCGGAAUGAAGGCUCUUGUUUUCCAGAUAAUUUCUAUGCUAAAGGUAUUGUUUUAACAUUCAAUGAUAUUUUACGAUAUGAAAUUCGACGCUUUCGAACACGAGUCGAACAACCUAUGUCAAUCAAAAUAAGCAUAUUUAUUACAAUGUUUAUGUUCGGACUAGGUUUUAUUCAUGAAAUUCUUUCAUAUUUAACAUUUCGGAGAAAAAAUUCACGAAAAGUUGGUUGUGGCCCAGGCAACCUUAAAUGGAGUACAACAGCAACAACAAUUAUAGGUAAUGGUUAUGGAUCAGGUUUUAAUCAGUUAAGCUUACCUACAGGUUUAUUUAUCGAGCCUAAAACACAAAUUUUGUAUGUUUCUGAUAAUUCUAAUAAUCGAAUUCAAAAACGUUAUCCAAAUGGUGAAAUUAAAACAGCCGCCGGGCAAGCCGAUGGUACAGGUGGAACAACACCAAAUACGUUAUCGAAUCCAGUAGAUGCUUUUGCAGAUGAAAAUGAAAAUGUCUUUGUUGCUGAUUGGAAUAACCAAAGAAUCCAAUUUUGGAAGAAAAACGCGAAGACUGGAAAAACAAUUGCAGGAAAUGGUAGUCGAGGAGAAGCAUUAAAUGAAUUUAGUUAUCCUAGUACAGUUUUACUCGAUUCAAAGAAAAAUAUCAUUGUUGCUGAUACACAAAAUCAACGUAUAACACGAUGGUCAUCAGUAUAUGAUCCAAAAACGUCUACUGGUACAAUCAUGGCAGGAGGUAAUGGUGGAGGUCUUAAUCCAGAUCAAUUAAAUAAUCCAUUCAGUUUUUACUAUGAUGAACCAAAUCAAAUUUUCUAUAUAUCAAACCAUGACUCACAUUCAAUCACACAAUGGUUUAUCGGUGAUUAUGAACCUCACUAUAUUUAUGCUGGUAUACCUGGAAGAUAUGGAAAUAGUUCAGCCCAAUUAUUUUAUCCCGAAGGUAUAACUCUUGAUAAAUAUGGUAAUCUAUAUGUUAGUGAUUGUCAGAAUCAUCGAAUACAAAUGUUUUGUCCAAAUUCUGUAUUUGGUAUUACAAUUGCAGGAACAGGACAACCAGGAAAUGGAAGUAACGAAUUAACUUAUCCAUCUGAUGUUGCAUUUGAUUCAGAACUUAAUUUAUACGUCUCAGAUACAUUUAAUAGUCGUAUACAAAAGUUUCAAAGAAUACAAUAA